AUGGCGAGCGUGCAAGUUACCAGAGCCGAGGCCAAGGCCGCCGCCGCCGCAAGACAAGCAAAGAUAAAGGAAGCCAAGGCCCGUGACGCCCCCCAGCAGCCGAAGUCCAAGAGGAAGGAAAAGGCGGGCCCGUCCUCUGAGACCCCGAGAAAGAGGCCCAGGGUGGAGGGGUCGACUGCCGAGGCUGUCCAAGCCCUCGCCGCUCCCAGAGACGGUCUGGCUCAAGGCCCUCCGUCCGCUAAUGCCUCUCGAGGCCCGAAGGUUCCGUCGUCGAGGGCCGAGGUGGGGUUCAUCCCAGAGUGGUCGGUUAAAGAAGACGACUCUCUGACCGUCGGACGGGUUGCCAGAGAGUUGGUGACGAAGGGAAGUCUCCCCCGAGACGCCACAGAAGCCCAGAAGCAAGGGACGGCGGCGCUGCUCACCUCGGCGUGCAUCUUCAUGGCAGGGGCUCAGAACCAGAUGGGUCAGCUGGUCCUCCGAGCCGAGGCCAUGAGUCGGGAGCUCGAAGCCAGCGAGAGGGAGAAGGUCUCCCUAGACAACGAGCGCUCCAUCCUCCUCGAGAAGGUGGAGCACCUGGAGUGCGAGCUAGCCCUCGAGCGCCGAGAGUGCGAACGGAAGCUCUCGGAGUUGAAGUCGCAAAUGAGGGCACGCCUUCUGGAAGCCGAAGUCCGAGGGGUCGAGAAGUAUCGAGUCUCCGAGGCCUUCAAGGAGGAGAUCACGAACGCCAUCGCCCCAGGGUACACCAUGGGUGCUACCGAGGUCCGAGACUGGGUCCUCGGGCACUACCCUGGGGUUUCCUUUGCCGACAGCGGCCUCGUCUUUGAGGACGACGAUGUGGAGGCGGUGCCAUCGGCCACCGAGGUUGCCGACGCCGACGGUGGAGGCGGCAGCGAGGAAGGUGAGAUCCAGCUGCAAAGGGAAGUCCCUCCGACCCCUGGUCGUGGGGGUUCGGACCAGGAGGCACUCCCCGCCGAAGACGAGGCCGUGAACCCGACAGAUGCUCCUUAAGGUGGCCUCGGCUCUCAGCGCAGCCUACC